CGGUAUUAUUCAUUUUUUUUUUGCGACAGCGAUUCUAGAGUGUGCGUUAUUCACCGAUAACCCACUAAAUUCCCUGAAAAAAAUUAAAAAAUUGUUUAAAUAAUUCACGCCUCGGCGUUUCAAAUAAACUAAAUACAAAGAACAACAACAACAAACGCGAAAAUUUGUACAAACUUUGUGAACAACAAAAACAACAACAAAGCUAACUAGACAUACUAAUGUGCGGCUUCAGCGGCUAGUUUGAAAGUCUGAGAAGCGCCGCCACGCCACACAAAGCCGACGGACAGUCAACAGUGACGAGAUUUUCACCAGAUAUAAAAGCCCAUUAACGCUGAGCAAUCGACAUUCAGUCAUUCAAAUUCGAACUUAAAGGUGUACAGUUGUCGGAGUACAAACGGUUAGAUUUGCUUUGUGUGACAAAAGAUAAGAAAGAAACGUUUUAAAUAAAAUCAGAAAACAUGAAGUGUGCUUCCUUAAUCGCAAUCGUGCUCGUGCUUUGCGCUGUGACAAGAUCAACUUAUGCCGAGACUGCCGCUGAGGAUAAUGCGAUCGCAGAGUCCACGAAUGGUGUUGAGCAGCUGGAGACAGCAGCCAGCAAUCCGCUGGAGGAUACGCAUAAACAGGAGAAGCGUUAUAUUGGUGGCGCUUGGGAUCCGUAUUCAUCACGUCUAGGAUUCGGCGGUAUUGAUGGCACCACCGGCUAUGGCGGCUACGGUGGUUAUGGUAAUUACGCUGGCUACAACGGUAUUGGUGGAAUCAGCGGCUACGGUGGUUACGGCGCUUAUGGAGGUUAUGGCAACUAUGCUGGUUCUGGUCCUUACGGCGGUUAUGGCAGUCCCUACUCCUACUACAAUUCACGCUUCGGCAGCGGUUAUCCUUACUCGCGCUUCGGUUACAAUUACCCAUCCAGCUACUAUAGUGGUUACAGCAACAGCGUUGUCGGAGGCGGUUUGGGUGGCUAUGCUAGUGGCGCUGGUGUAGUGCCGCCUGUAGGUGGCGUUGGUGUCGGUGCUGGCUAUCAAUAUGGACCGGGUAUCUCCGGCACAGUCUACUAAUGUGCAAUGAACCAAUUAGUGUGAGCGUUGGUUGUGCGCAAACUCAGACAAAUCCGAAUAAUGCUGCCAGGACUUCAUGACUUUGUAAUACAAAUUGUUUAAAUAGCGUAAAUAAAUUUAAAGUGUACAACUUUUUUAUAACCUGAAA